AUGGGCUUCUGGAUCCGGCCGUACUCGACACAGCGGGCUAUCGUCAGGGCUUCGAACAAUCUCACGAGCGGGAUCGUGGGCCUGGCCAACGUGGGGAAGUCCACGUUCUUUCAGGCGAUCACAAAGUCGACGCUGGGAAACCCGGCCAACUACCCGUUUGCGACCAUUGAUCCGGAGGAAGCCAAAGUACUCGUGCCCUCGGAGCAUCUAGACCACCUGCAAAAGCUAUACGGGUCCCGCAAGAAGAUCCCGGCGACUCUUACGGUGUAUGAUAUUGCCGGUCUCACGAGAAACGCUUCCCGCGGAGAGGGUCUGGGCAACAAGUUCUUGGGUGACAUACGAUUAGUGGAUGGAAUCUACUCAGUGGUUCGUGGCUUUCGGGACGACUCCAUCACGCACAUCGAGGGCUCGGUCGAUCCGAUUAGAGACCUGUCCGUGGUGCAAGAUGAGCUGGUGCUGAAAGACCUGGAGUGGCUAGAGGCCGGCAGGGAGAAGCUCACGCGCAAGCUGGGGCGCACAGCGAAAAGCUCUCUCGACCACAAGCAGAUGCAGGACGAGCUGGCCCUGCUCGCCCAGCUGGAGGAGUUUCUGUACGAGGGCCGCCGGAUUGCGCACUUCAAGCAAAACUGGACCAAAGAAGAGGUCGAUACGCUGGGCCAGUAUAACUUCCUAACUGCGAAGCCAACUCUCGUUCUCCUGAAUUCGUCGCCGAGGGACUACCUGCUGCAGCAGAACGAGUAUCUCGACGAGGUUUCCAAGUGGAUAGACCAGUACUCACCCGGCGAUGAGGUCCUGAUCUUUAGUGCGGAAUAUGAAACUAGAUACAACGAGUUCGCAAGCACCAGCGACUGGGAGGGCCUCCAGCGGUACUGCAGCGAGCUAGCCGGCGGCGCCGCCAUCAAGGCCGGCGCCCUGCCCUCCGCACUGCCGAGCAUCAUACUGAAGAUGAGACAGCUGUUGCGCCUGAUCAGUUUCUACACGUGCGGCCCUGAGGAGAGCCGCCAAUGGACAAUCCAACAAGGCACGCGGGCACCGCAGGCCGCCGGCGUAAUACACUCGGAUCUCGAGAAGACGUUUAUCAACGCCAGUGUGAUCAAGUACGACGACCUGCGCGAUGCAUCCCACCCUCUCGACGAGUCUGCUCUCAGGAGACUGGGCAAAAUCAAGCGCUGCGGCAAGGACUACGUAGUGGAGGACGGCGAUGUCGUCCACUUCCGCGCUGCGGCCGGGAAAAACUAG